AUGGCAUUUAUCAAUGCAUCCGUGAAGGCACUGGCGGCAUUGGAUGUGUACGGCAAGCCCGACUUGGACUUUAUUCUUAUUUCUGCGCUGCUGUUAACCAAUUUUUUGUACGCUUUGAAGCCAUGGAUUGCAGCAGAGAUUUUAUACCACGCAAUGAAUGUAUGUGAUCGUCUCAACCUCCAUAAAGAGCCGGCGACGUCGACUCCUUUCGACGAAGCCCGACGAAACGUAACAUGGUUUGCUCUUCUAUGUGCCAGCGAUUGGGAUCUAACCAGUACACUGGAAAGAAAGCCGAUUGUUUAUUAUGACAAAGAGCAAUUUCCUUCGCUCUUCGGCACUGAUGAAGACCGCUCUCGCUACUUGUCCAACUCCAUUCUUGCUCGCUUGCUAUGCGCACGACUCUCCUACCGCACUAUGGUCAUCUCACGUAGUGGCCGCAGGACACCUGAGGAGGUUCACAAGCUGCACAAUGAUAUUCUAGAUGCUAUGGCCAUGUUUCAAAGUGUAAUCCAUGCUAGUGCGCUUGGCUAUGAAGACACACCUAACAUCGUGAAAGCACGAUUUGCCGUUGCCGCCUUGCACUUUCUUCUGAUUCGGCUUCAUGUACCAGAUUAUACCCGAGCCUGGAGCGACAAGCAGUUCCACAUCUCCAAGAUUACGUGUCUCGAGAGCUCUGUGUUUCUUCUGCAUUUGUUCCGCGACAUUUUCCAAGUUCCGUUAUCAUGCUGUGAGCAAGGCACGCAAGGGCCCUUUUCACGCAUCGCCAACUAUUUCCAGUUCUCGUCUCGUUGGUGCUGUGUGGCGGCGCUGCUACUUGUAAAGCAUUUCACACUGACGCUUGAGACUGGAUGCGAUGAGAUCCCAUCUUCGCGCGCAGCGGCGAUAGUGCAAGACUUGCGCAUUUUGUGCAAGAUCCUCCAAUUCUUGUCCCCCCCUGUCAGCGAUGGCAAAAGAGGGCGAGCAGCUGCCCAUGUGCUCGAUCGCGCUGUAGCACAGCAUGCAAAUCAUGACAAUGCGAUCGUACUCUGGGCCAACACGCUCCUGAAUCCAAGCAAAACAAUGAACGCAUCUACGUUCGAGCCUCUCUCAUUGCUCAAUGAUAUCAUGACAGGGCAUUCUCAGCCUUCCGACCGGCUUCCCAUGCCCACGCAAACUAGAAACGCAAGUAUCAGUGACGUCGCACAAAUGAUCGACAAAGCUCGUAGGCCAUGGCGCGACGAGAUCAUCGACCCACCCAUGGACGUGACGUUAUGGGACCAUUUCGCAGGGCUAGACCCGAAUGCCCUGGUACCGGAUACUUUUCUAGCACCAUUAUGGAGCUCCUUCAGUCACGAUGCACCAUGGUCGUUGGACCAUGUGUCCUUCAACGACGAUGAUUUGGAGCGCUUUAUUAAUAGCAUGCAGGACUCUAUCUAUACGUCCUCGUAG